CACCACAAAAAACGCUGAUUUACGGUAUCAGGAUGUCACGUGACGGUGUAAUGACUCAUGUGACUUAAUCGUAAGUUAUGUGAUACCAAAUUAUUACAAAAAAAUGGCGGCUUGCAAGACGGGAGUAAUUUUAUCGGCACUGGCUUUCUUUGGAAUAUGCUAUGGGUUACCUAGCAAAGUAGAAGUGAAAGAAGAUCCACCAGUAUGGGGUGAGGUAUACAGUGUUCAGGGUAUGCUACAGCUUUCAUACGCAGAAAUUAACGAACCUUUCUCUACUUGGUAUGACUCGACAAAGAAAAGGAGUAGGAUUGACUACCAUGGAGGUAUGGUCAUGACUAUACAAAGAGCAGACCUUGGUCAGUAUGGGGAGGGUUAUAAAGUCGCCCCACUGUCAACAUACAAAGUACGAAACUUGAUGAGCUGUUUCAAGAUGCCAGGAUUCUCUGAUGCCCCAGUAGACAUACAGGUCACACUCCCAGAUCUUACUGGAUUUCAGAUUAUGUUAAGACAAAUAUCAAGUCGGGCGAGCUCCAGGUUGACUGUAGUGUCCCAAGUGACGGUGAAUAUGCCUUGGUAAUCAAAGCCAAAGACAGCAAGGAACCAGAAUUUAAGCCAAUCUGCAACUAUCUCCUAACAACAUUAGAAAACGAGGAA